UUAUCAUCAUCCAUAUAUAGAAGCAGCUACACAAGAGCCCAAACAUUAUUGUCAAUAAAUAUCAAAGAAACACAUAGAGAGACGACGAAACCAAAAAAACAAAAUGGGUAUGCAAGAAACCGACCCGUUAACCCAACUGAGUUUACCACCUGGUUUCCGGUUUUACCCGACGGAUGAAGAGCUUAUGGUUCAAUAUCUCUGUAAGAAAGCAGCCGGUUACGAUUUCUCUCUUCAGCUCAUCGCCGAGAUCGAUCUUUACAAAUUCGAUCCAUGGGUUUUACCAAAUAAGGCACUGUUUGGAGAAAAAGAAUGGUAUUUUUUUAGUCCGAGGGAUAGAAAAUAUCCAAACGGGUCAAGACCGAAUCGGGUUGCUGGAUCGGGUUAUUGGAAAGCUACGGGUACGGAUAAAAUAAUAUCGACGGAAGGACAAAGAGUUGGUAUUAAAAAAGCUUUGGUGUUUUACAUCGGAAAAGCUCCUAAAGGCACUAAAACCAAUUGGAUCAUGCAUGAGUAUCGUCUCAUUGAACCUUCUCGUAAAAACGGAAGCUCUAAGCUGGAUGAUUGGGUUCUAUGUCGAAUAUACAAGAAGCAAUCAAGUGCGCAAAAACAAGUUUACGAUAAUGUAAUGAAUGGUGGUAGAGAAUUAAGUAACAAUGGUACUUCAUCAACGACGUCGUCUUCUUCUCACUUUGAAGACGUUCUUGAUUCGUUUCAUCAUCAGAUCGACAACAGAAACUUCCAGUUUUCUAACCAAAACCAGUUCUCCACGCUUAGACCGGACUUAACCGAAGAGAAAAACGGGUUCAACGGUCUAGCGGAUACGCCGAGCUUCGACUGGGGAGGUGGUUUUGCUGGUAACGUUGAGCAUAACUCGGUACCAGAACUCGGAACGAGUCAUGUUGUUCCAAGUCUCGAGUACAAUUGUGGCUACCUGAAGACGGAGGAGGAGGUCGAGAGCAGUCUCGGGUUUAACAACUCGGUCGGGUUUGGGUAUUCGGGGCAAGUUGGUGGGUUUGGGUUUAUGUGAUGAUUGAUGAUUUAAUGCUGAGGCAAUAAAAAUUAAGUCGUUUGUUUUUGUCCCGUGGCAAAUAUUAUGUAUUUGAAUUUUCAAUUCUUUUGGGUUUUAGAGGCAGACUCUCAUAGAUUUAGAUGUAGAUUCUUAAUCUUCAUAUGCCUAGAAAUAUUGACGUCUAGAUUUUGUAACUUUUGUUGUUGUUGUUGUUUAAUGAUCCUUCAUAUUGGUAUAAAUUUUCUGAAUUGGAAUUCCA